CAAUUAAAAACCCCGCCCCACCCUCCUCCCACCUCUUCCAUUCCGCCAUUGCUUUUGCGGGCACCUUCCUCUCGUCUCUCUCGCCGGCCCAUCCGCUUCCAUCUCGUCUCCGCGGGCCAUGCUCCCCACCCCCUCCCCCGCCGCGACCCCUCGCACCGACGCGUAGCGCGGCCGCACCGCACGGCGACGCCCGGCCGGCGAGGAGCCGCCGGCCUAUGCCCACCGACCAGUCGGGCAUUGGCUGACCCCCAAAUGCCUCCCGCCGCUAACUAGCCGCCGCCUGUAGAUACAUACUUACAUACACACGCACCGCCGCUGUGGGUUGAAGAGAGGAGAAACUAACCCCCCACGCGGCUUACGAACGGACCUCCGCCGCCGCCGCCGCCGCCGCUGUCUCGUCGCCGGAGAGGAGUUUUAGCCUCGCCGGACGAAGCGAAGGCGUGACAUUUUUUCCCUUUAUUUUUCUAGUUUUUUUUGGGUGAUUUUUGGAGUGCUGGCGAUGGGAAUGGUGGACUUCUCGGUGCUGGGGGCGGUGCAAAAGGUCAGAUCCUUCAUCGCCGGCCCCACGCCGGCCGACGGCCGUCCGCCUGCUACGCCGAGGUCCCGCAGCGGGGGGCUGUCCCCCGCAGACUCGCCGCCGCCGCCGCCGCCCGCCGCGGCGAGAUCCGGGGGCAGGCGCGCCAUCGCCUUGCGCCGACAGAUCUCCUCGCCGCAGCUGCUCCGCUGCGGCGCUGUCAGUCGAGCGGAUGAGGAGGAUGACUAUGAGUCCGGGGUUCAGUUUUUCACCCCAGGGAAUGGCUUCUUACAUGACUUUUCAGACACAGACUCCGUUAGUGUUAGUACCCCUAAUGAGAUCAACCGGUCCUUGACCCCAAGUCCCUUGGAGAGCCCAUCUUGGAUGAGGGAGAACAAUGGCUCGCCGACAUACAGGAAGAAUGGCCGAUUCAGCCCGGAUUCUCCUGGAUAUGGUACAAAGGCGAGUGUAGGAUCUGAUGGUCCACUGGAACACAUGAAUAAUAGUGUCACUGACAAAGGUGGAGAAGGAAACAGAACUCAAUAUCCUGUCGAUUUUGGUGCCAAUAUUUGGUGCCCACCACCACCAGAAGAUGAGGGUGAUGACAUCGAAUCAAGGUUAUUUGGAUUCGAUGACAAGGAUGAUGAGGUCGGAGACUCAAGCAGGCCUCUUGUUCCUGGUAGCUUUAGCACUAACAAAAUAGCUGGUGUUGACGAGGUCACAAACAUUGCUCAGAAAGAGGGUCUGAGGAAUGCUGUGCUUGGUCAUUUCCGAGCUCUUGUGGCUCAGUUACUGAAGGCAGAAGGCAUUGAUCUGGGAAACGAAGAUGGAUCCAAAAAUUGGCUUGAUACUGUAUCAUCCUUAGCUUGGCAAGCAGCAAGCUAUGUGAGGCCAGAUACCAAGAAAGGAGGCAGCAUGGAUCCUACUGAUUAUGUGAAGGUCAAAUGUAUAGCAUCAGGGGAUCCAAGCGAUAGUAAUUUUGUCAGAGGAGUUGUUUGCUCUAAGAAUGUAAAACACAAACGCAUGGUAUCUGAGCAUAGGAGUGCGAAAUUGCUCAUUUUAGGGGGCGCACUUGAGUACCACAGGGUUCCUAAUAAACUUGCAUCCAUUGACAGGAUACUUGAACAGGAGAAGGAGCACCUGAGAACGAUUGUUGGAAAGAUCGAGUCCCGGCGACCUAAUGUGGUGCUAGUCGAGAAAAGCGUCUCAUCUUCAGCUCAGGAGCUCUUUUCAAAAGAUAUUUCGUUAGUUCUGAAUGUUAAGAGGCCACUUUUGGAUAGGAUAUCAAGAUGCACAGGGGCACAAAUUGUCUCAUCAGUUGACAAUAUUGCUUCGGCAAGGCUAGGUCAGUGUGAAGUGUUCAAGGUGCAAAAAGUUCUGGAAUUCUCAUCGGCUAAACAGUCAAAUCGGAGGUCAAGCAAGACACUGAUGUUCUUUGAAGGUUGCCCAAGGCGUUUGGGUUGCACGGUUCUACUGAGAGGUUCCUGCCAAGAGGAACUAAAGAGGAUUAAGCGAGCUGUACAUCUUGCAGUCUUUGCCGCUUAUCACCUUUCUCUUGAAACAUCAUUCUUUGCGGAUGAAGGUGCAACACUUCCUAAAUUUCCUUCUAUGCCUGUGGUGGUGAAGCGAGAUAUGAGAAACUGUGCAAAUAACUAUGUCGCUGGAUCUGCUACUGUUGGUAUUCCUCAUGGACUUAAACUUGAACAGGACAAACUCUCACAGACUACUACGGCCAACAGGAUGUUUGAGAACAUCUCUGUAUCACCUAGUUCAUUACCAUCAAAUGAGGAAGCCCAGGGGUUCAUGGGUGACUGUGGGCAUAGAGAAUCUGAAAAUUCUGUUGAUGAUCUGAACUCUUGUGAACAUUGUAGAUCCCAAGCAACUGGUUCAUUCAAUAGGCAUAAAACAUCUCUAUGUUCCAUGGAUCAUGAUUCGAGGAUGCAAUAUCAACAUUUUCAUAACUCUGCAAAGCUUGGAAAAAAUGCCCAUCAAGAUGAGGUUUUAGCAAAGAAAUAUCAAGAAGUAGACUAUAGGGAUAACAAACCGCGUGAUGACUAUCACUCAGCAGACCAACAUGACCAGAAUGAAUUUUCUGGUGAAUAUUUUCCUGGUACUGACAAUCAUCAGAGCAUCUUAGUUUCACUGUCAAGUACUUGUAUCCCAAAAGGCUUGGUAUGCGAGCGUUCCCAGCUUUUCCGCAUCAAGUUUUAUGGUAGCUUUGAUAAGCCACUUGGGAGAUACCUUCGGGAAGACUUAUUUGAUCAGGCAUAUUGCUGCCAGUCAUGCAAAGAGCCAUCGGAAUCACAUGUCAGGUGCUAUACUCAUCAGCAUGGGAGCCUAACAAUUAGUGUUAGGAGGCUUCUAUCUCGAAAGUUGCCCGGCGAACAUGAUGGAAGGAUAUGGAUGUGGCACAGGUGCCUCAAGUGCGAAUCUAAGGAUGGAGUUCCACCUGCCACACGAAGGAUAAUUAUGUCGGAUGCCGCCUGGGGUCUGUCUUUUGGGAAAUUCCUGGAGCUAAGUUUUUCGAAUCAUGCUACAGCUAACCGAGUUGCAAGCUGUGGACACUCUCUCCAGAGGGACUGCCUUCGUUUUUACGGGUAUGGAAACAUGGUGGCUUUCUUCAGAUAUUCUCCUGUUGACAUUCUAUCAGUAAACCUUCCACCAUCUGUACUGGAUUUCAAUUGUCGCAGUCCACAGGAGUGGCUGAAAAAGGUGGCAAUUGAGAUAUUUGGCAAAAUGGAAUCCUUGCAUGUGGAGGUAUCUGAAUUUCUUCACCGUAUUGAAAAGAACAUUGUAAAUGAGGAUGAACCAAUGAAGGAAGGUGUUCAAAGGCAGAUUAUUGAGAUGAAGGAUUUGCUUAAAAUGGAAAAAAAUGAAUAUGAGAUAUUGAUGUUACCAGUUAUAAGGGAUAGCAAUCACCCCAUGCAGGCAUCAAUUGAUAUUCUGGAGCUCAACCGCUUGAGGCGUGGUCUUCUUCUUGAUGCGUACAUUUGGGAUCGGAGGCUAUGUCAUGUAGACUCACUUCUUAAAACACAUGGUCAUAUUUCAAAGACCAAUCCUGAUAAUCUUGAUAUUCUCCUAGACACCGGACUGAAGGAAUGGAAAGCUGAUUUGCUUCGUGGAGAUAUUGAGAUUGGAAAAUCUUCAGGAAGUCCAAGAAAAUCUUUGUUAUCCAGAGAGGGGCACUUGAAUGAUAAUGAAUACGGCGUGGCUGAUACAAAUUUGCAGAUUGGUCUGGUGGGUCAUCUUAUGGAUGGUGAAGAGGAUCUUGACAAAGUCUACAGCAGAUUCAAUGGAGAGAAAGAGUGGUCUAUUAGUGAACCUAUGAAUGAUAUGGAACCUGUUGAGAGGUUACCCUCACUUGCAUCCAUUUUCUCUGAUAAGAUCGAUUUGGCAUGGACUGGAUCUAGUGAUUUACAGUAUGAUCUUCCACAAACUUUCACCAAAACUGAUGAAAAUGGAUCCUUUAAUUUGUUGGACAGUUCAAAUUAUAGGAAUGUCGUAACCCCUGUUAGAAUUCACUCGUUUAAUUCUACACUGGGGUUGCGUCAGCGAGAACGAACUGGAUUAGCUCCUACUUCUUUGCAUCUGCCGUCAUUUAAAUCUGCUGAGUGCUUUGGAAAUAUGACGAGCAUCCUGAAAGAUCCAAUUCCAAAUAUGCGGAGGGCCUGUUCUCAAAGGUCUCCUGGGGUAAUAGAGAAAUUAAAUGUUAUUCUUGCCCGUACACCGACAUACAUCUCAUCUGCUUCAGAUAUGAUUGAUGAUGGGGCACGGCUGUUACCCCAGAUUGGAUAUGAAGAUAAUGUUGUUGUUGCAGUCUAUGAUGAUGAGCCCACCAGUAUCGUGUCAUAUGCCAUGACUUCAGAAGAAUAUGCACAACAAGUCACACGCAGACUAAAUUCAUGUUUGAGUUUUUCACAUCUGCCAAAUACUACUGAGUUCAGCAGCCUUGGACUUGAGGGGUCCUCACCCUCACAAGAAGAACAAUUGGAUUCUAAGGGAACUCAUUUUAAGUUUUCCUUCGAUGAUGAAUCACCUAUUUCUCCAGAUAAAGCAAAAUUCUCUGUGGUUUGCUAUUUUGAAAAGCAUUUUGCUGCACUCAGAAAGAAAUGCUGUCCCAAGGAUAUUGAUUACAUACGUUCUCUAAGUCGCUGCAAGAGAUGGAGCGCGCAAGGUGGAAAAAGCAAUGUUUACUUUGCAAAGACGAUGGAUGAGAGGUUCAUAAUCAAACAAGUCACCAGGACAGAGCUGGAUUCUUUUGUAGAAUUUGCUCCUCAGUACUUCAAGUAUUUGAUGGAAUCCUUAACUUCUGGUAGCCCAACUUGCCUGGCCAAAAUAGUAGGAUUAUAUCAGGUUAGUACCAAGAGCUUGAAAGCCGGGAGAGAAGUAAAAAUGGAUCUGAUGGUGAUGGAGAAUCUUUUCUUUGAAAGGAAGAUAUCUAGGGUGUAUGACCUAAAGGGUUCAUUACGCUCACGGUACACGUCUGGGGACAGCAAAGUCCUCUUGGAUUCAAACCUCAUAGAGGCAUUGCAUACUAAGCCUAUAUUUUUGGGGAGCAAGGCAAAACGAAGGUUGGAAAGAGCUGUCUGGAAUGAUACUUCAUUUCUUGCGUUGGUGGAUGUCAUGGAUUACUCACUUCUUGUUGGUAUCGACGAGGAGAAGAAAGAGCUUGUUAUUGGCAUCAUCGACUACUUGCGCCAGUACACCUGGGACAAACAGCUGGAGACUUGGGUGAAGGCCUCAGGGAUUCUUGGCGGCCCCAAAAACGAAUCCCCUACCGUCAUAUCUCCAAUGCAAUACAAGAAGAGAUUCAGGAAAGCCAUGUCCAAGUACUUUCUCACCGUGCCGGACCAGUGGUCCUCGUGACAACUAACAUAGAUUGUUCACUGUAACCAGACCAUCAGAAGCAUCGUUGCCGUAGUAAACAUUGAGUAAAGGUUGUGUCGAGACGAAGCCCAUUCUUUCUGUGCCUAGUGUGAGAGGGUUAGUCAAUUCAAUUUGUACCAACUUGUAUCAUCUGUAGCCAUAGGUAGGAUCAUCCUCCCCCUGGACACCAAGCAUGGUCGUCCAGCCACAGAUAGAGGAUUGAUCCAUGUAUAUUACGACCUACAUAGUUGAAAAAGGAAAAUUUAUGGACAAAGUGCGGAGAAAUCCAAGGAUACCCCAGUUUGUAUGUUAA